AAGACUUUCAAUUCAUUGACAGCACUAUCUAUUAUGUUGUCACUAGUAAAGUCGCAGGCUGAGAAUUUUAUUAAGGUGGUGGAAGACAGAAGAGAAUCAUUGGAAAGCGUUGGCAUAUUAGAAGUUACCAUUGGACAGAGGAAGCUGGUUUGUGUCAAAAGAGAAGAAAAUAAUAAUUUUAAUGUUUCACUCUGUCAAUCAGUUAAAGCUGGUGAUAGCUUUGAAGUAUCAAUGCUACUGCAGUUAGGAGCUGAUCCUAACAGUAAAAAUAAGGGAGAAAAGAGUGCAGUAGAGAUAGCUAUUGAAGGAGAGGCUGUUCACGUAAUCAAGGCUCUAUUAGAUGGUGGAGCCAGUUUCUUAACGGCUUUGAUCAGUGCUGUUAGGAAAAAUAAAGAAAGAGUUGUAAAGAUGCUAGUAGAUGCUGGUAUUGAUGUUAAUCUUCAAGGUAGUGGUAAGGAAACAGCUCUAAUAGUAGCAGCUCAACGUAAUCAAGAACAAAUAGUGAGCUUUUUACUGCAGCAGAAAGCAAUCCUUGUUGACAAAGCAGAUGAUCUCGGAUAUACAGCUCUUCAUUAUGCUUGCAGGGAAGGAAGUGAAGAUAUUGUUAAAUAUUUACUGAAGAAAAAUGCCAACAUUCAUCUACACACAAAAAAUAAUAGUAUACCUCUAACCUUAGCAACUCAGCAUAACCAUGAACAUAUUGUGGAGCUCCUUCUACCUGAAAGUACUAAAGAUGAAAUAGUUGAAGCUAUUGAAGUUGCCAGGACACUUAGGCUACACUGGUUGUUAGUAACACAGAAAGAAGAUUGUAAACAUGUCUGUUCUCCUACUAGAAGUGCCACAAUAGCUCACAAAGGAAAGGAUGUAGAAAUUAUUGGUCUAUCUGAUUCUGAGACGUGUCAGACUGCAGUUGAUGAAUUGAAAGACACUCAGAAUAUUGUUAUUAAAGAGUCAUCCUGUGAAAGUGUGUCUUUUGUUGCGUCACAUUUUCUUGAAAACCAGAAAGCAAAAUGUCUUAGGAUAGAUGGCUCUGCAACUCCAUUAACAAGAGACUCUGUCGAUUCUUUCUCAGAACAACUCAAAACCAAUAAAUCAUUAUGGCGGCUCACAGUAACUAAUGACUCCAUUACUGAUGAUGGACUUGAGGUCCUUGAAGAAUCAAUAGAAAGUAGUCGACACCUUACUUUUUUGUCUCUUUAUGGGAAUCCAAGCAUUAGAUCUGCUGAAUCUCUUGCAAAGCUAAUCGAGACCAACACAUCUCUUACUUACCUUUCUGUCUGGGGUACUAACAUUAGUCCAGAUGGUGUACUGAGGUUGCUGGAAGCCCUCACGAAGAAUAAGCACUUAAUUACUCUUGUUUUGGAUAAUAAAAAUGCAGAAACCUGCCAAUCUUCCCCAUUAUAUGAAGAUGUUGAACAUCGACUUAUUUUUAAAAACUCAAAUAGAUUUGCCACUAAAAUAGCUCUUUGAUACUAUAUAUAUACUUUAAUAUACUUGCUGCCAAUAGUUUUCUGAAGUUAUUUUAUUGGGGCAAGCUUGAGCAAGCUCCACAUAAACAACA